CCGAAAGGCAAGGCUGUUUCUGGUCAGUCUGCGUGUGUGAACAUGACAUGUACUGACUGAGACAUACUAAUAAAGGUUGUAAAAGAUGGAAAACAAGUGCGGAUUUUGCGGUAAGAAACCUCUAAGCCUGCGGCGGUGUUCGGGAUGCCAGCAAGUGUACUACUGUUCGACCGUGUGUCAGAGGGACGACUGGCGAGGUUCUCAUAAGGUCAAGUGUAAAGAUAUUCAAAAUCGUAAACAAACCGGAACAGCCGAAACACCAGAAGACUUCCCCUUUAUUCCCAAAAGUGAAAGUGGUGUCGGAAAUGUGGUGUACCCAUCGGAACCGAUACAUGGGAUUACACAUGACAAGUACAUUGAAUUAACCAAACAGGAUGGAAGACCUGGACGCCAUGUUGCUUCUGACUUUCUAUCAAGCAGUAUCCUUUCAUUUAAUGAUGAAAACCUGGAUAGUUCACACUAUAGAAAAUGUAUGGUAUGUGGCAAAGCAAGCCCUACUGUUAAAACAUGUACUCGUUGCAAGAUGGCAGAUUAUUGUUCAAAAGAGUGCCAGAAGCAGGACUGGAAAUUACACAGACUACAAUGUAAAGGCCCCAAACAGGAAGUCCACGAUACUAUAAAUACAGACGGCUAUCGUCGUGAAGAGGAGCACGCGUCCUCUUCGUCAAGGUCGUCGGGCAUGCGCAGUGGUUCUUUUACUUUUGAUCGUCCGAUACCAAGAUCACCGGACCUAAAUCAGCGAUCUUAUGCAGCACCAGAAGCAUUCGACAAGGUCAAAAGUCUGACAUGGAAACUUUUUCCUCACUGUACUAUAUUGGACUUUGUCCGAGAAAUCCCACACGAACUUUUCGGAAUGAGACCACGUGGUACAAAUAGGGUUGCCGUGGGGUUUAUUUCACGGUAUCAUCAAUAUGUAUUAAGGCACUGUAUAUUUCUACAGGAUAAAGACGGCGAAGAAGUAUAUGUAGGAUUUUACCUCCAGGGCGAUGAUCCUCGACCCUAUUUUCGAUGGGAAGACGUAACUCCAGGACGGUUUCUCUGUAUACAAGAUCCAUACAUCCAUCGGUUCCUAGACCAAUCAGUAGGGAUUCGUGUGGAUGACCCUUCUACUGUUCGGGCGUUCUCAGUUUGAGAAGAUUUAUUUUGCAGUCAUGAAAUAAAACAUGAAAUGUUUUGAGAAA